CACUCGUGCUCGUGCAGCUCAGUUGCUUCACGGUGUCAGUGUCAGAAGUCCAGCAGGAAUCUUCGGCUCGUCAGUCAGUCCGUCAGUCAGCACCUGUCACCAUGAACAGAGCAGUUGUUUUCGUGUUUGUCGCCUGCUGUGCGCUCUCAGCACUCUCAUUGGCUAAAGAUGAACACCAAUCUGCAACUGUGACCCCUGCAAAGGAAUUUGAACUAGAAAGUACAACCACCACCAAGAAUACUACAACCACCACCACCCCGAAGACAACCACCACCACCACCCCGAAGACUACAACCACCACCCCGAAGACAACCACCACCACCACCCCGAAGACUACAACCACCACCCCAAAGACAACCACCACCCCGAAGACUACAACCACCACCCCGAAGACUACAACCACCACCCCGAAGACAACCACCACCACAACCGCCAAGACUACAACCACCACUGCCAAGACUACAACCACCACCGCCAAGACUACCACCACCCCGAAGACUACAGCUCCUCCUCCUCCUCCUGAACCUACUCCCUCUACCAACUUGACUGCAGGAAACUACAGCCUAAAGACCGACAAAGAUGUGACUUGCCUGAUGGCUCAUAUGUCAUUGCAGAUCCGAGUGGCAAGACCAGAUGUCAAUGGAACCUUCAUUGUUCAGCCAAAGAAGACCAAAGCUUCCGGAUUUUGUAAGGGAACCACGGCCAACCUCACCCUUGAGUUCAAGGAGGGCCACAUCACCUUCAUGUUCAACAAGAGCACUGCAAACAAUACUGCCUAUGUGAAUUCUCUGUCUUUCCUCAUCUCCUACCCCUUCAGCAAAGGAGCUUUGGACCAGUACCAGGCCAAGAACGACUCACUGAGUCUCUUCUCCGCUAAGAUUGGACACUCCUACUCCUGCAAGGCUGAAUCAAUUUACAUGGGGCAAGGACUGUACCUGACAGUCGAUGAGGACCGGCUGCAGGCCUUCAAUCUGACCAAGGCCAAUGAGUUUGGCGCUACUGAUUUCUGCCCAGCGGACCAGCCCGAUUACAGGGUUGCCAUCGCGGUGGGAGUGACAUUGCUGGUGCUCAUUAUCAUCGUGGUGGUGGCGUAUAUUCUGAGCCGCAGGAAGAGAGCCGAUGGCUACCAGUCUCUGUAAGGUGGGGAGGGUCAGAGUGAGAAGAGGUCCCCCAGACGGGAUGCAUGUUAUAAAUUAGUCAGGCUAUGGGGCUCUUUCUCAGGGGCUGAAACACUGAAAACUAACCUGUCCUGUCCUUUAAUGCCUUUGUUUACCUAUUUUACUGUUCUGUACUGUCAAUUAUCUACAGUACAAGUCUCUGUAGUGAGCCACCUUAAAGAGCUUCAGUAUACAAUCAAUUAAUACGUUGACUUAUUUAUAAAGCUGUUAUAAUUAAUUAAUCGGCGUAACACUUUGAAGUUGUAUCUAAGUCCAAAGUAAAAAGAAAUAAGAAUAGAAAAUCACUAAAUUUGCUGAUUAGUCCUUCAACUCAAGAAAGGCAUUAAAAUAUCUAAUUUACUUAUAUGUCGGUCUUUCAAAUUCUGUCUCACAUUUUAUUCAUAUUCUGCUUCAACAUGUAGAUUUGUUAUCUAUUCAGUUCAACAUGUUUCAGCAGAGUCUGACCCACAGAGCAGCAGAGAUAGCUCUGAUUGACCAGACUCCUGCCAACACAUAACCUGGCCUUGGACUUUAGAUUGAACUGUGAGUUGACAGCAUGUGUAAUAUCUUUUAACAUUAAUUGAAACCCCUAAAGCCCCAAGUUAUUAGUUGAUAAUAUAAGCAGACAUGCUUAUAUUAUAUCAAAUAAUAAAAAGUAAUAUUAAAAAAAGAAUUAGUUAUUUCAUUUUGAAAAUCAUGUAUUAAAUCAUUUUUAAAGUCACAAGAAAAUAAAACAGGACAGUAUAUGUUUGCUACUUUGAGAUUUUUAAUUCACAGUUUUUCUACUAAUUUGAUUAAUUAAAAGCUUUUACUGUUUCUAUUCCAGUGGCACACUUCAGACUCCUUACCUAUGGAUAAGCCAAUACAAAACUUUUAAUCUCAACAUGCCAGUAGACGUUUUUUAUACGACAAUUGUUUUGGCACAAAUGAAAAAGACAAAUGACCAGAGAAUAUGAUUCUCAUCAAGUCGCUGACACAGUAUUUCGACAAAGGGACACUAUAAAUGAUGAUACACAUCCCUAAAAACUGACAUCCUGUGUAUUUGUGUAAUAACUGACCAAAAUGUCUCAUCAUAAUCAGUUGAGGUUAUGUUUUUUUUAUGUCAGUGACUGUAUUAAAAGAUGGACGGUUCUAAAAUCUCUAUCUCCCCCUGGUGGUGAUGCCAUAAAAAUAGGGUGGGAGACUGACACUUGUGGUCAGAGCUGUGAUCGUGGUGUCAUGAAGGGAAAUAGUCAGAUUUGUCCCACGGUUUUUCUUCCACAAAUGUUUACUUCACUAUAUUAGCAUGGUGUCAAAUGUUUUGUUAUCCCUAUGUUGUUUUAAAGAUUCAAAUUUUGUGUAUUCUGCUAUCCAGGGAUUGUGUAUCGUAAAAAAGGGAAGUUAACCAGUCUCUAACCUUACUGGUGAUUAUUCAUGUGUUUGCAUUAUCAAUCAGCACAAACGGAAUGAAUAGGAUGUUAGUAAGGGAUUAUUUCUAUCUUAUCAACAUUAAUUGCUCUGAUUGCUGUUCCAACCAUUGUCUUUUUUAAUAUGUUAUGUACCUGAUGUUGUGUCUUCAUAGAAAUGUUACGGCGUAGGUCAGUCUGAUUAAAUGUUUAAUGGACUCAUAUAUUCAUCAGAUCUCAAGAUCUCCUCUCUCCUUCCCCAUCAAGUCCAUUCUGAUACACUUCACUGUCCUGGUGUAAUGCACAAACUAAACUGGUUUUAUAGGGAAUACACUUUAUCCAAUAAGGUAAUUCUGGUGGAAGUUGAUAUAUCAAAACCUGGAUGAGGUGGAAAUACAAAUAUUUUUUUUUUUAUUUGGGUGAGCGGGCAUAUAAGUAGGCUAGACCUCCCUUUAAUGAAGAAACCCCCCUACUUGUCUUAUUAUGAUAAAAAUGUUGUGCUGGGAAAUGACUGACUGGAAUCAAUCACUAGCCAAUCACCAACUGUGUCAUCGUUUGCCGCCAGCUUCUGCAGUAGUUUGCCAGAGAGCAGGAGUGAGUGUAGUGCAGCUGGAGUUCAUCCAACAAGUAAUGCGGUGAGGUGAGGAGAAAUGAGGGACCUCGCUGCAUGUAAAGUUAUCAACAGUGUGUGAGCACUUUGUUUGCCUGUUUGUAACUGCCUGUGACAAUAAAGUUUGAUAUAUUCUGUG